CCCCGUACCUCCCAAAUGGGAAAGAGUGAUGGCCAAGCCACGAGGUGGAGGCUUGUGCCCGUGAGCGCUGCUCAGGCUCCCCACCUGAGCGGGGGCGGCCUAUUUAGGAAUGUCCUGGAAUGCGUUGCCUUCCCUCGCCCCCCAGUCCUGGUUCCUGGAGGCCUCCAGCAGCCUGAUCCUCCCGCCGCCCCCGCCCAGGUGAACUUCACAGUAGAUCAGAUCCGGGCCAUCAUGGACAAGAAGGCCAACAUCCGGAACAUGUCCGUCAUUGCCCAUGUGGACCACGGCAAGUCCACGCUGACGGACUCUCUGGUGUGCAAGGCUGGUAUCAUUGCCUCUGCCCGGGCCGGGGAGACCCGCUUCACUGACACCCGGAAGGACGAGCAGGAGCGCUGCAUCACUAUCAAAUCGACGGCCAUCUCCCUCUUCUAUGAGCUUUCGGAGAACGACUUGAAUUUCAUCAAGCAGAGCAAGGAUGGCUCUGGCUUCCUCAUCAACCUCAUUGACUCCCCUGGGCAUGUGGACUUCUCCUCAGAGGUGACAGCUGCCCUGCGUGUCACCGAUGGUGCCUUGGUGGUGGUGGACUGUGUGUCUGGUGUGUGCGUGCAGACAGAAACGGUGCUGCGACAGGCCAUUGCUGAGCGCAUCAAGCCUGUGCUGAUGAUGAACAAGAUGGACCGAGCUUUGCUCGAGCUGCAGCUGGAGCCUGAGGAGCUUUACCAGACCUUCCAGCGCAUCGUGGAGAACGUCAACGUCAUCAUCUCCACCUACGGGGAGGGGGAGAGCGGCCCUAUGGGCAACAUCAUGAUUGACCCUGUCCUCGGUACUGUUGGCUUUGGGUCUGGCCUCCAUGGUUGGGCUUUUACCCUGAAACAAUUCGCAGAGAUGUAUGUGGCCAAGUUUGCUGCCAAGGGCGAGGGCCAACUGGGGCCUGCUGAGCGGGCCAAGAAAGUGGAGGACAUGAUGAAAAAGCUAUGGGGUGACCGGUACUUUGAUCCAGCCAAUGGCAAAUUCAGCAAGUCUGCCACCAGCCCUGAUGGCAAGAAGCUGCCACGGACAUUCUGCCAGCUCAUCCUGGACCCCAUUUUCAAGGUAUUUGAUGCAAUCAUGACUUUCAAGAAGGAGGAGACAGCAAAACUGAUUGAGAAACUGGACAUCAAGCUGGACAGUGAGGAUAAGGACAAAGAGGGCAAACCACUCCUGAAGGCUGUGAUGCGCCGCUGGCUGCCUGCUGGGGACGCCCUGCUGCAGAUGAUCACCAUCCAUCUGCCCUCCCCUGUGACGGCCCAGAAAUACCGCUGCGAGCUCCUGUACGAAGGGCCCCCAGAUGACGAGGCAGCCAUGGGCAUUAAAAGCUGUGAUCCCAAAGGUCCUCUUAUGAUGUACAUUUCCAAAAUGGUGCCGACCUCCGACAAAGGUCGGUUCUAUGCGUUUGGCCGGGUCUUCUCAGGGCUGGUGUCAACUGGCCUGAAGGUCAGGAUCAUGGGGCCCAACUACACACCUGGGAAGAAGGAGGACCUGUACCUGAAGCCGAUCCAGAGGACAAUAUUGAUGAUGGGUCGUUAUGUGGAGCCCAUUGAGGAUGUGCCCUGCGGGAACAUCGUGGGGCUGGUGGGUGUGGACCAGUUCCUGGUGAAGACUGGCACCAUCACCACCUUUGAGCAUGCCCACAACAUGCGGGUGAUGAAGUUCAGUGUGAGCCCCGUCGUCAGGGUUGCCGUGGAGGCCAAGAACCCAGCUGACCUGCCCAAGCUGGUGGAGGGCCUGAAGCGGCUGGCCAAGUCCGACCCCAUGGUGCAGUGCAUCAUUGAGGAGUCGGGGGAGCACAUCAUCGCAGGGGCUGGCGAGCUGCACCUGGAGAUCUGCCUGAAGGACCUGGAGGAGGACCACGCCUGCAUCCCCAUCAAGAAAUCUGACCCAGUGGUCUCGUACCGCGAGACUGUCAGCGAGGAGUCAAACGUGCUCUGCCUCUCCAAGUCCCCCAAUAAGCACAACCGGCUGUACAUGAAGGCACGGCCCUUCCCUGAUGGCCUGGCAGAGGAUAUUGACAAGGGCGAGGUGUCUGCCCGCCAGGAGCUCAAGCAGCGGGCCCGCUACCUGGCCGAGAAGUAUGAGUGGGAUGUGGCUGAGGCCCGCAAGAUCUGGUGCUUUGGGCCUGAUGGCACUGGCCCCAACAUCCUCACCGACAUCACCAAGGGUGUGCAGUACCUCAAUGAGAUCAAGGAUAGCGUGGUGGCUGGCUUCCAGUGGGCCACCAAGGAGGGAGCGCUGUGUGAGGAGAACAUGCGGGGUGUACGCUUUGAUGUCCAUGAUGUGACGCUGCAUGCAGAUGCCAUCCACCGUGGGGGUGGCCAGAUCAUCCCCACUGCCCGGCGCUGCCUCUAUGCCAGUGUGCUGACUGCCCAGCCCCGGCUCAUGGAGCCCAUCUAUCUUGUGGAGAUCCAGUGUCCAGAACAAGUGGUUGGUGGCAUCUAUGGUGUACUGAACAGGAAGCGGGGCCAUGUCUUUGAGGAGUCACAGGUGGCCGGCACCCCCAUGUUCAUCGUGAAGGCUUACUUGCCUGUCAACGAGUCCUUUGGCUUCACUGCCGACCUGAGGUCCAACACGGGCGGCCAGGCGUUCCCCCAGUGUGUGUUUGACCACUGGCAGAUCCUGCCCGGAGACCCCUUCGACAACACCAGCCGACCCAGCCAGGUGGUGGCCGAGACACGCAAGCGCAAAGGCUUGAAGGAAGGCAUCCCAGCCCUGGAUAACUUCCUGGACAAAUUGUAGGUGGCCCUCCCUGCAGCCCACCAGCCUGGGUGGGACUCGGCACAGCCCCUGCACCCGGCUGGUGAUCGGCCACAGCAACAAGCCCUGCAUUCUCCACGACACCUCGAGACUGCCUAGACACAGUGACUUCUGCCUGCCGGUUCUGGGGCCCACUCCGUGCCAUUGCUCAACAUGAAUACUUGAUGCUGUUUCUUCUGAUAUUUAUUUCAAGAUUCCAGAGGCAGCAGAAAUGCCCUCACAGCAGGGACUUAUUUGGCCUGUGGGGUUGGGGGAGGCGGGAUGGGGCACCCAACACUUUUAUCCAUUUCAGAGGGAGACUCAAAUGUCCAAAAAAAAAUUAAAUGCAUUAAGAGGUUUAUUUGGGUAAAUGGCCCGUAGUGGAUGUCCCCCCAAAAGGGGGGAAGGAACAGCAAGUAGAUGUUUCUCUGGACAGAAGCUAGAAGGCAGGAGACUUUGUGCAAUGUCACCAUGAGCACCUCCAGCUGUAUUAGUGCCAUUGGAAUAAUAAAUUUGAUAAGGUGG